UAAAAACCAAACCAAACCAACCUUCUCCCAUCCUGUUCGGAGCAAUAUUGAAAUGAAGAAUGGCCUCACUUUGUCAUCUGUUCCAAUUGAUGUUCCACUCUUUCGCUUUGACAGCUGAAAAGGCCCACAGGUGCCAUAUAAAGAGGUAACGAAGACAUUGGUUCAGCAUGGAUCGGAGGAGAUAGUAGGGGAAGGCGUCAGAGCGUGGCUCAGGAUGGCUUUCUUGGAUAACCCAGCCAUUAUCCUGGCUCACAUCCGGCAGUCGCAUGUGACCAGCGAUGACACGGGGAUGUGUGAAAUGGUCCUCAUCGACCAUGACGUUGACCUGGAAAGAUUCCACCCGGCUUCGGCCAACGGGGCCGAAAGCUCGGAAGGACCAAGCAGCAACGGCGAACCUCAGGGUUACGUGUACUCUCAGUCCGUGGACAUUACCUCAAGCUGGGACUUCGGCAUUCGAAGGCGCUCAAAUACAGCUCAGAGACUUGAACGGCUAAGGAAAGAGAGGCAGAAUCAAAUCAAAUGCAAAAACGUGCAGUGGAAAGAGAGAAAUGCCACCUGUUCUGCCGAAGAGCUGAGUCACCUCUUUGAGAAGAAGAACUUCAAGGUGAAGCCUGCCCAUGCUCCCGUGAAGCCAUCCAUCCUCUCGGUCCGACUGGAACAGUGUCCUCUGCAGCUGAACAACCCCUUCAACGAAUACUCCAAGUUUGACGGCAAGGGCCACAUUGGCACAACCGCAACAAAAAUCAUUGACGUCUACCUCCCACUCCACACCAACCAGGACAAGUUGCAACCCAUGACUGUGGUGACGAUUGCCAACGCCAAGGUGCAGGACCUGAUCGGACUCAUCUGCUGGCAAUACACGAGCGAAGGACGGGAACCCAAGUUGAACGACAACGUCAGCGUUUACUGCCUCCAUAUUGCCGAAGACGAUGGGGAAGUUGACACGGAUUUCCCACCCUUGGAUUGCAAUGAACCCAUUCACAAGUUCGGCUUCAGUACUCUGGCCUUGGUCGAGAAGUAUUCAUCGCCAGGCUUGGUGGCCAAGCAGUCUCUCUUUGUCCGAAUAAACGCCGCGCAUGGAUUCUCCCUGAUCCAGGUGGAGAGCCUGAAGGUUACCAUGAAGGACAUUUUGCAGAAGGCUCUGAAGCGAAGGAAAGGGUCGCAGCGAGGCUCAGGACCUCAAUACCGCCUGGAGAAACAGAGUGAGCCCAACAUUCCCAUCGACUUGGAUUGUACCUUGGAAAGCCAAAGCACUCUGGAAUUUUGCCUCGUCCGUGAGAAUAGCGGAGGCUCGAGAGGGGAGGAGAUCUCGGAAGAAGAUCCCCAGAUCGAUAUCGCGACCGUCCAAGACAUGCUGAGCAGCCAUCACUAUAAGUCUUUCAAAGUCAGCCUGAUCCACAGGCUCCGCUUCACCACGGACGUCCAGUUAGGUAUUUCAGGCGACAAGGUGGAGGUAGAUCCUGUGACCAAUCAGAAAGCCAGCACCAAGUUCUGGAUUAAGCAGAAGCCGAUCUCCAUUGACUCGGAGCUCCUGUGCACGUGCGACCUUGCCGAAGAGAAGAGUCCAAGUAAGCCAGCUCUCUUGCCUUUCUGGGGCCCUUGUCUUGGGGCUCCCUCGUCUCUUUCCCCUAAGGAACCAAGGGACAGCCGGACGUGUCCGCCAAGACUCCCUUAGGCCACCUGAACCCGGCUUGUCAGAGUCAGCCUGGAAAAGAGCUCCCUGGUAU